AUGAGAGAAUUACCUUCGAGAGAAUCCGCUCAAUUUAAACAUAUUCUUAAAUACUAUGAAUUCAAGCAAUAUAAAAGAGGCUUGAAGGCAGCUGAGCAAAUACUUAAAAAAUAUUCUGAGCACGGUGGCUGGCAUGUAUAUGGAUUAUUACAUCGAUCAGAUAAAAAUUAUGGAGAAGCAUUAAAAUGUUAUACUAACGCUUUAAAAAUUGAUAAGGAUAAUAUGCAAAUUCUUCAAGAUUAUUCACUUCUUCAAAUCCAAAUGCGAAAUUAUGAGGCUUAUAAUGAAUCGCGACAUCAUCUUUUACAAUUGAGAUCAAAUAAUCAACGAUAUUGGAUUGGACUUGCAAUUUCUUAUCAUUUACUUGAAAAUUACGAAACUGCCGAAAAAGUAUUGAAAGCCUACGAAGGAACUUUGAAGGAAAAACCUAGUCCCAUGAACUUUGAAUAUAGUGAAUUGUUACUUUAUCAUAAUCUUAUUUUAGAAGAAAGUGGAAAUAUUAAAGCUGCAUUAGAACAUUUGGAAUCGAUUAAAGAAGAAACAUGUGAUCGACGAACAUGGAAAGAAAAAAGGGCACAAUUCCUGUUAAAACUUGAUAGAUUCCAAGAAGCGGAAGAAGCAUAUCUUGAAUUAAUUGAUGAUAAUCCUGAUUGUUAUAGUUAUUAUGAAGGAUUGCAUCAAGCCAAAAAAUUUAAUGUUAAUUCUAAUAAUUUAACUCCUGAAGAAGAAGAGAAAAUUAUUACAAUAUAUAAAGAAUUGUCACAAAAAUAUCCCAAAUCAAAUGCGAUUAAAAGGUUUCCAUUGCAAUACAUAACUGAGAGAUUUAAGACAUUAGUAGAUGAAUAUAUUCGUGCAGCACUUAGAAAAGGAGUUCCAUCAUUAUUUGUUAAUCUUAAAAAUUUUUAUGAUAACCCUCAAAAAGAGGAAAUUAUUGAACAAUUAGUUGAAGGAUAUCUCCAAUGUUUAAAAAAAUAUGAUAACACUAAAGCACUUAAAUCAAUUGAUGAAGCAAUUGAACAUACACCAACACUGGUCGAAUUGUAUAUGACUAAAGGAAGAAUUCUCAAGUGUACAAAAUAUAUGCUUAGAAACAAUCAACCUAUUGAAGCAGAAAACACAAUUGGAUUAUUUACUAGGGGUGAUGCUCCUGAUCCCAUAACAGAUCUUAUGGAAAUGCAAUGCAUGUGGUUUGCCCUUGAAGAAGCGGAUUGUUAUUUUAAAUUUAAUAAAUUGGGUAAAGCACUUAAACGUUUGCACCAAAUUGAAAAGGUUACUCUUCGUGCAUAUUUAAGCAUGUUACGACUCGAAGAUCAAUUACGUUCGCAUCCCUAUUAUGUGCGAUCUGCCACAAUCGCUAUCAAGAUAUAUCUUAAAUUAUACGACAACCCUAAAACAGCCGCUCUUGAUAACGAUGAUCAAGAUUAUGCAAAUAUGACCGAGGCCGAAAGAAAGAAAGCUAAAAGCAAAGCCAAAAAGGCUGCUCUAAAGAAGCAAAAAGAGGAUGACGAAAAAAAAGAAAAGUCAAAAGAUGAUCAAAAAAAAAGAAUCGAAAAACCUUUAGACGACGAUCCCGAGGGUGAAAAACUUCUCAAGACAGACGAUCCUUUAGGUGAAGCUUUUAAAUUUUUAAUGCCAUUACAAGAAUUGUCUUCGAAAAGGAUAGAAACACAUUUAUUAGGAUUCGAAAUUUAUUUAAGAAAAAAGAAAUAUCUUCUUGCACUUAGGGCCCUUUUGCAAGCUUAUAAGAUCGACAAAGAAAAUGCGACAUUACACAAAGAUAUAAUAAGGUUUAAGUUAGAAGUAUCAUCUAAUAUAUCUAAAAUCCAUUCUACGACGAUCCAAGUGAUCACCGAAGAAUUGACCUCAAAAAUAUUACCUGAAGAUAUGACCUUGAUUAAAUUUAGUGAGGAAUUUAUAGAAAGAAACAAAAAUUCCAUAGAGCACUUGUUAGUGGGUGCCGAAUCAUUUUAUUUAAUUGAUUCCUCUAAAAAGCAAGAAACUGGUAAUCUUUUGUUGAAAGUUUAUGAUGAAAAAUAUAAUGAAACUAGAACAUUACAAUUAGGAUAUGAUAUUGGAGGUUGA